ACCUCCCUUUGACCAUGUUUUGUGAUUUAUAUAUAAGAAAAAACAUAGUCAAGUGAUAUCUUGUUAGAUUUGUCACAAUUUCAGCAAUGUCAAACGAACCCUUAAUGAUUUAAUUUGUGUAUUGGCAAACGUGAAUAAAGAAACGUGUCAACUAAAAAGAAGCGGAGUAAGUAUAUACUUGUAUUAAUUUAAAUACAAAUGGAAAAAAGUAAAAUCUAAAAAGGAUAUAUAUGGAGCAAUUAAAUUAGGCUCGUUGAGCCUUGCCUUUGCAAAAAAAAAAAAAAAAUGGAGCAAUUAAAUUUGUGUAAUGAAUUUCAUAAAAUGCUAACAUACAAUAAAAAUAACAGAAAAAAUGUGAUAUUUCUGUACUUGAUCAAUCUAUAUCAAUUGUGAUUAUGUAAUAAAUGACGAUAAAUAGAAAAUGAUUGAGUCAUUGAAAUUAUCUUUUAACAUGAAAUCGGUGUCAUUAUUAGAUAAAAGUAUUUUUAGCCUAAUUAAAAGGUGAUUAACUAUUUAAAACCCAAAUUCCCGCGUUAAAAUCUUUAGUUAACAACAAAGAGAGGGAGAGAUAUGGGGUAAGAGAGAGAAAAAAGAGGCAAAGAUAUUUAUUUCUUUUUCUUUGUUUCUUUUAUUUACUCUCUUCCUUCUCUCUAAAGAGAGAGAGGUGGGGAUGAAUUCAUCAUUGGAUGAUAUGUAGCCGCUGCCGGUUAACUGUACCGCGGCGGCGAUUGAUAAGGACAAGCAUAGUCAAUAUGCCGUGAAAUGGGCAAUUGAUCAUCUUUUGUCUAGCACCCAUUUCCUCAUCUUGAUCCAUGUCAAGCAGAAAAACCGUAGGUAUUCUUUUUUUUUUUCUUUUUUUCGGGGUACAUGAUUGAUGUCGAAUGUGAUAAGAUUUGAGCGUUCAAUUAAAGAUAUUAGUGGUUAAAAGUAUGUAGGGUCGUGUUACUUUCCUUGAAUAUUCGUGUUACAGAAAGUAGUGAUGUUGACAUCAUUAGAAACACUGUGAUGUGUGAAAGUUAAAGCAACACGUAAUUUUUUAUGACCAAAGAUUUUGGUCGUACCAAACAAAGUACUUUGUAUACUCAUACAUUUCGCAUGUUUUUUUUUCUUUGUUUUGGAUCUUGGUUGCUUGUAGCCAGUGGAAUUGAUGGACCUAUGGAGGGCAUUGAAUCCGAUCCACAAAGUAUAUUCAUACCAUAUCGUGGAUUUUGUGCUCGAAAAUCGGUACAAGUAAGAGAGGUUGUUCUAGAAGAUUCCGACGUAGCUAAAGCUAUUCUGGACUAUAUAAACAACUACAUCACUAACAUUGUUAUGGGCGCAUCUUCACGAAAUGCUCUUAAGAAAACCUUUAAAAAGGCUGAUGUACCAAGUCAUGUGACCAAAUAUGCACCAGAGUUUUGUUCUGUUUACGUGAUUGCUAAGUCGAAAUUGUCCAAUUUACGAUCUGCUCAACGUCCUUUUGGAAAUACUCCAUCUUCGCCUAAGCUUCCAUCUUCAUCACUCGGAUAUCAGCUUUUAGCUGAACAUCCUCCUAUAGAUGAUUUGAACACGAGGAUCUUCCUAGACGGAAGCUCGAAAUGGGUCAAAGUUACACCAUGUUGCUGUAAUCCUCCCAAAAUAUCCGAAAUAAGAAUUUCGGACACAUUAACCAAUUCUGGAAGACCAUAUUACAAGUGUAGAUUUUGUGGAUACUUUGCCUGGAUGAAUGAGGAUGAUAUAGUCCGGUCGGCCGAGGAAGUGGUUGCGGAGCAAAGGAUGAUUGUCAUUGUAAAGGAAACAUUGGAUGAAUUUGUUAAGUACAUUAAAAUUGUUGUCAAGGUUGCUGUGAUAAUGUACUUUGUUCAUUUCGUUUUUGUUGUAUCAAUGUGAUGUAUGUACGUACCUACUCCAUAAUUCGUUUAUACUUCCUUGAAAUUGUACUCACUUGAUGGAUUUUCCUGAUCAAUGUAUAAAAAUGAAGAAAUUACAAUA